UCUAGUACAAAUCUGGCUACUACAAGAUCUCAGAUCUCUUUAAUCAAAAGAGUGAAGGCCAUCAAACUAACCUAGGAGACUCUUACGAUCAGGCAAUGGGUCUCCGAGUCGACCCAGCUUCUUUGCCGCACGAGCAGUAACUUACGAUAUGCCGCGGCGAGUAUUCUUUUAAGUGCAGCACUCCCGCGAAUCUUCACUGGACUUUCACGCAAAGAAAGUUUAACCAAUGCUCUCACCCGAACGAUGGCUACAGUCAUUGAAGCCAUUCCUGAGCGCUUCGUCAACAAUGCGACUCAUCUGAAACAAGAUCAUACGUCCAGCCAGUUGAAUGGCCUUCUACAAGGCUAUUUCUCUGGCUGGAGCAAUUUGCAGGUCGCUGUCACGAUUCUGCUCGUUCUUGUGAGCUAUGAUCAAUUUCGAUAUCUCUGGCAGAAGGGAUCUAUUGCUGGUCCGAGAUUUAAAAUUCCAUUCAUGGGCCCUUUCAUCCAGGCCAUUCACCCAAAGUUCGAUGAGUACCUUGCUCAGUGGGCUAGUGGACCGCUCAGCUGUGUAUCCGUAUUCCAUAAUGAUUACAGGUUCGUUGUCCUGGCAUCAGAUCGUGACCUUGCACACAAAGUAUUCAAGUCACCUACAUAUGCCAAGCCAUGUCUGGUACCAAUCGCGCCCGAGAUUAUGCGUCCAACCUCCUGGGUUUUCCUCACUGGAAGAGCCCAUGCUGAAUUCCGCAAAGGCUUGACUGGGCUGUUCACGAACAAAGCACUGAGCACAUACCUUCCCGUCCAGGAGAAAGUAUACGCCGACUAUUUUGACAGGUUUGUCGCCGCCAGUGAAGCAAAUGGAGGAAAGCCAAUGGGAUUCAUGGGCCACUUCAGAGAAAUUAAUUGUGCGCUUUCCUGUCGAACUUUCUUCGGAGACUACAUUUCUGAAUCGGCAAUCAAAAGGAUCGCUGAUGAUUUCUACCUCGUCACCGCCGCCCUCGAGCUCGUCAACGUGCCUCUUUCCAUCUAUGUACCCUUCACGAAACCAUGGAAGGGCAAGCGCACAGCUGACGCCGUCCAAGUCGAGUUCACCAAGUGCGCGGCCGCAUGCAAAGCCAACAUGGCCUCGGGCGCAGAGCCAACGUGUAUAGUCGACCAAUGGGUACUCCACAUGAUGGAGUCCAAGAGGUACAACGAAAGGAUCGCGGCCGGCGAGGUGGGGGUCGAGAAGCCGAGCAACCUCAUUCGCGAGUUCUCGGUCGAGGAGAUCGGGCAGACCAUGUUCACCUUCCUCUUCGCCUCGCAGGACGCCUCGAGCAGCGCCACGACCUGGCUGUUCCAGGUCCUCGCCCAGCGGCCCGACGUGCUGGACCGCCUGCGGGAGGAGAACCUCGCCGCGCGUCAGGGCGACAAGACCCGGCCGUUCGAGCUGCCCAUGUACGACUCCCUCACGUACACCAAUGCCGUGGUCCGGGAGCUCCUCCGCCACCGGCCGCCCGUCAUCUUCGUCCCCUACCUCGCGACCCGGGACUUCCCCGUCACGCCCACGUACACCGUGCCCAAGGGCGCCAUGAUCGUGCCCAGCUGCUACCCGGCCCUGCACGACCCGGAGGCCUACCCGCGCCCGGACGUGUUCGACCCCGAGCGCUGGAUCACGGGCGACGCGGCGUCCAAGACCAAGAACUGGCUCGUGUUCGGCACCGGCGCCCACGAUUGUCUGGCCCGGAGCUACGUGCCGCUGACCAUGGCGGCCAUGAUCGGCAAGGCCGCCUUGGAGGUUGACUGGGCGCAUCAUGCCACGCCGCGGUCAGAGGAGAUACGCGUCUUUGCUACGCUGUUCCCAAUGGACGAAUGCCCACUUGUUUUUACUAAGCGCACAUAGGAAUCUUCCACCACAGGCCCCGACGAACCUGUAUUCGGCCAUUUGCGUUGAGCCCGUUGAUUUUUAGACUACAACCAAAACUUGACGAAAACGGAGUUGGUAAAGACGUUGUUUUGUAUUAUAAUGGUAGCAACAUCAAGUAGGCACUAGAUUUUGAGCAGCGAAUGCCACCUCCUAGGCGGCAAAUAUGUAAUUAUUUUGUAUCCCAAAUAGGGUUG